AAUUCAGUCGGAGCUUCUUCUCCGCCAAGGGUGCAAGAGCGCACCCAUCGGCCAGACAUGGGCCACCUUUGCAGGCCCUGCUCGCUGAAGAAGAGCGGGACUCCUUUCCCACUCAGCGGAUCCGGCUUGAGCAGCCUGGUUGGGAGAGGAGCAGUUGGCAGGAGCGCGGAGCUGAGGGCUGCUGCCGUGGGAGGUGCGUUGGAGGACACAAGGCUCGCCGGAGAAGGAAUGUAGAGGCAGCCCAGCGGGGACCAGGGGAGGUUGUGGCGGCGUGUGUGAACCGGGACUGGUCGCCGAGGAGAGUUCGGCGGGAGGGGCCCCGCAAGGCCGACAGGAGGAGGAGGAGGCGGCGGCGCCGGUGGCGGAGCAGGAGAAGGAGGAGAGGAGAGGGAGGCAUCCACUCGCAGCCGGCCGCCGGAGUUUUCUCCGCUUCGGCUGGACGGCGCGGUCGGGAGGCGCUGAUCGCCCCGCGCGGCUGCGCUCUUGGCUAAGCGGGAACUUUAGCCCCACGAAAAGUGGGACUCGGCAGAGCAGAGCGCUUGGCGCCAACAACCUCCAGCCGGCAUGAGGCGCGCCGGGCAAAGAGCGGGCAAGGAGAGACAGGAGCAGCGGACGCCAGAUCCUGACACCGGAGCCUGAAGAUGCUGAAAUGUAAUCAGCUUGAAGACAUCUUUAAACAACUGCGCUCUAAAGAGUGUGGCGUGAGCACCCCCUGGUGGAAAACAAUUAGAACAAAAAUUUCUUGAUGUUCCAAGUGCAUCGCUCUCAAAUUAAGUCAUGGCUAUUGUCAGCACAGCACCCCCUAGUUUUUUUUUCUUUCCGGAAAAUGAAGCCGUGGACCCAGUGAUAGUACUUCAUUACAAUUAUACUGGAAAGCUUAGCCGUGGAAAAGAAAAAAAACUGACCAUCAUUGCACUUCUCAUUAUCUGUGGCUUUAUCAUCCUGGAGAACCUAAUGGUGCUGAUUGCCAUCUGGAAGAACAACAGAUUUCACAACCGCAUGUAUUUUUUUAUUGGCAACCUGGCCCUUUGUGACCUGUUGGCGGGAAUAGUUUACAAAGUGAACAUUCUGAUGUCAGGAAACAAGACUUUGACUUUGUCUUCCAGGAUCUGGUUUGUUCGGGAAGGCAGCAUGUUUGUGGCGCUGGGUGCUUCUACAUUCAGCUUGUUAGCCAUUGCCAUAGAACGGCAUUUGACCAUGAUCAAAAUGAGGCCGUAUGAUGCAAAUAAAAAGUACAGGGUUUUCCUGCUUAUUGGAACGUGCUGGCUUAUCUCUCUUUCUCUGGGAGCUUUGCCCAUCCUUGGUUGGAACUGUAUUGGCAAUUUAAGAGACUGCUCCACUAUUUUACCACUGUACUCCAAGAAAUACGUGGCGUUUUGCAUCAUUAUUUUCAUAGCCAUCCUAGUGGCCAUCGUGAUCCUCUAUGCCCGCAUUUACAUCUUGGUGAAAUCAAGCAGCCGGAACGUCACCAAUCACAACAACUCAGAGAGGUCCAUGGCAUUGCUGAGGACCGUUGUGAUUGUGGUUGGGGUUUUCAUUGCCUGCUGGUCUCCCCUGUUCAUUCUGUUACUGAUUGACGUGGCCUGCAGAGUGAAAGAGUGCUCGAUUUUGUAUCAAGAAGACGGCUUCAUCGCUUUAGCGGUCCUCAAUUCAGCCAUGAAUCCCGUCAUCUAUACACUGGCAAGCAAAGACAUGCGCCGGGCCUUCUUUCGCCUGGUGUGCGGUUGUCUAGUGAAGAACAAUGUUGCCAUGUCUUUGCCUAUCCAGCCCACCCCGGAUCAGAGUCGCAGCAAAUCCAGCAGCAGCAACACCCCAAAACUGAAUGAUGACUUUCUAAAAACAAAAAGUUUGUCGUACAUCACUGAAAAGAAUAAACCUCCAUUUUAUAAUGGAAACGUCUGCAAAUGAAGUCUGCUGACUGGGCACUUCAAGGAUUCUUGUCCUGUGGCUUUUACAGAGCCAAAGAGAAAGGGCUUGUUGUUGUUUUUUUUAAAAAAGUGGAGUUUCCUGCACUUAACUCAUAGGAGGGGCAAACUUGAGACGGCUGCUUAAUUCGAAGUGCCUAUUUCGAGCAUUGAGUUUUAGGUCUUCACCGACUGAUUCAGGAAAAGUUGGGCUGCCUUUCCAAGUUCGCUUGAGGGUUGUGUGAAGAAAAAAAGAAGUGCUACCUACCCCUGACAUUGCACCCUUGAUGCAAUUCAACUGACAAAGUGUACUUACUAGAGAAACAAUGUAGAAAUGGUCGCUGAUUACUCUAAAGCACUACAUGAAAUUCACUUAUGUUCUAAAAUGCAACUGUGGAAGCCCUUAUAGGACCCUAGCAGAGUCUUCCUCGGCCCACAUCAAUCUAGAAUCAACAUUUAGGAUUUAAGAGUGGGUCUGGACAAUUUAGCAUUCUAUGAUUGGCUUUCUCUUCAGUAAUAGAAACCCUUACAAACAUUCUGUGAUGUUCCAGUAAUUCAGCUGGCAGUCUGGGGAAAAGGACGAAAUAAUUUUAUUGUAUAUGUGUACAGAAUGCCCUUCUCCGCUGUUAAUGUUCAUUGGCCGCAGGAGACAAGACUGUACCUCCUCUAUCCUGCAGUUUAAGGUGAAUAAUAUAUGGAUAUUCUAUCCAGGCUGCACUGUUACUGAUUUCUGUUAACAUUUUCACAAAUAUUUAUUCACACAUUUUGAGAUUUGUUAUAUCAAGAAAUCAGGGCUUAAGUUAGAAUGUGGUGGCUUAUUUUGCCAGGCCUGAUAAACAGUCGCAGGCCCAGCAGUUGUUGUGUUGAAGUAAACCGAUCAAGGUGUUCUAGGGGAAAAAAAAGAGAUGUUUUAAGUUGGGGCACCAACCUUUGUUUUUCUUUGUAUUUGUUUUCCUUUUAUUAUGCCUGCUGUGUGGCAUAGGUUUACAUUGUAUGGCAUUAUAAUAUGCUAGUCUGUAUAAUAUAAACUCUUUAAUGUAACAAGUACUGUGAACAUGUAAUCUUCAAAUAUUUUUUAAGUAAAUGAAGAAAACACCUUUAUGUAAGUUUUGUGUGACAGAAAAUAGAUGCUCGAUUAAUCCAGUAAUAAGUCUUGCAUUUACCAGUGCAAACUUCCAAAGCAAAUGCAGCAGAAGCCAUUUCUGCAUUAUUCUGUAAAAAAAAAAUCAUAACCAUUGUUUUUCACUAAAAAAUAUUUUAUUAUUAUUUAAUGUAGUUUGAUGGUAAAAUUAAAACAUGUGACUUGGAAUUUCAUGUAUAUUUCACCUAUAUAUUUUUUUUAAUGUAGGUUUUUGGUUUUUUACUAUUUGAGAAGAAUGUUACAGAUUGAGAAAUCAGGCCGCAUUAUUGUUUAAAACAGAACCAGAUAAAUGGUCUAUUGGAAAUGAUGUGAUCUUCCCCCAAAUCAUGAAAAGACACAGCACAAGAAAAUUGUGACUACUUAGACAAAGAUAUACAAAUCACAAAUCAUAUUUGACUGUUGACAUUCAUUGGCAGUUAUAUCGAGGCCCAAAUUGAAAUCUCUUCAUUACAUUGAAAUCCUCUUUGUUGGGGUCUUCCUAUACGUUAAUCUAUUCUUGGGCUUAUCUGCCUAAGCCCUUUAUACAAGUAAUCAGCUUACAACCUUUCAUUUAAUGACUGUUUAAAGUUACAGCAGCAUUGAAGAAAGUGACUUACGACUGAUCCUUGCAUUUAUGACCAUCACAGCAUCUCUACGUAAUGUAAUUUGGGCAUUUGGCAGCCACAAUGUAUUUAUGAUGGUUGUAGCAUUCUGAGGUUUAAAUAUUCACAAUUUUUCCAGCCCAUUUCUGACAACAAAGUCAGUGGGGGAAGGCGAAUUUCCUUAAUGACUGCAUGAUUCACUUAACAAUAAUAAUAAGAAUAAUAACCUUUAUUGUCAUUGUACGUAUAUACAACAAAAUUGAUUUAGCCUCUACUGGUGCAAUCCAUUACAAAAAUACAAGACAACAUGAAUAAUAUAGAAAAUGGUCCUUAUACAGUAAUUAGGGAGAAACCAGUCAUAUAUUUCCAUGUAUGCAUGGAAUGAUUGUAGUUGUAUUUAGGUG